AUGCCAGGUGCUCCUGAGACCUCCCUCAACUCCUUGGCACUCCUCAACAGUUCCAGACGGACUCCAUCGGUGGUCUGGCUGACGGGGAUUCCUGGUCUGGAAUCCAACCUCGCCUGGGUCUCCAUCCCGUUCUGCGCCAUAUAUCUCAUUUCCCUUUUGGGGAACGCCAUUAUUCUUUUGGUGAUCAAAACAAACCGAUGCCUCCACAACCCCAUGUACAUCUUCCUCUCCAUGCUGGCUAUCACAGAUCUUGGUUUAUCCAUCUCCACCAUGCCAACCAUACUAGGCGUCUUUUGGUUCAACGCCAGAAGGAUCAGCUUCACUGCUUGUUUCACCCAACUCUUCUUCAUCCACUCCUUCUCAUUGAUGGAGUCCUCUGUGCUCUUGGCCAUGGCCUUCGAUCGCGUUGUGGCCAUCCGCAACCCCCUCAGAUACGCCGCCAUCUUGACCAUGCCCAGAAUCAGGAAGAUGGGCCUGGCAUUUGUGGCCAGAGCGGUGGCCUUGGUCUUGCCAUUUCCCCUCCUUCUCAGAAGACAUCGCUACUGUUGCAUCAAUCUCCUCUUCCACUCCUACUGCCUGCAUCAGGAGGUGAUGAACCUGGCCUGCUCGGACAUCACCGUCAACACCAUUUAUGGCAUGUUUGUCAUUUUCUCCACAGUGGGGCUGGACUCACUCCUCAUCCUCUUCUCUUACAUGGUGAUCCUCAAGACUGUGUUGGGCAUCGCAUCACAGGCAGCCCGCCACAAAACCCUCGGCACUUGUGGCUCACAUAUCUCUGCAGUGUUGCUCUUCUACACACCAAUGAUUGGCUUAACUGUGAUACACAGGUUUGGGAAGGAUUCCCCACUCUUGGUCCGUGUUUUUAUGGGCUACGUGUACCUGCUGGUGCCACCCCUCAUGAACCCCAUUGUGUACAGUGUAAAAACCAAGCAAAUUCGAGACAAGAUCAUCCAAAUUUUCCUCAAGUGGAACACGAAAACGAGAAGCUUCCGUUCUUAGUACUAAAUAUGACUGUCUAAAAUUCCAUGAAAGGCAGGUCAAGUCUUCCAAAAGAUUCAGAGAGCCUUUCUCUGUGGAUCAGGUCACAUUCACACAGGUAGGGAACAUAGGUUUCACGACUGAACUGUGAGGUCCCUGGUGCUCUCUGAACUUGGUUGGUUUCUUGCAGAGGUUCACCUCAUCUUGCACCUCAUCACCUGACUAGGUAACAUCAUCCCUGCUAGGAACACUGACAUGUAGCACUGAUGAUGUUACCUAAUUUGGUAAUGAAAUAUCUG